AUGAAAGUCGACAAUCAUUCUCCUGCCCCUUGUUUUCCAGAAUAUUUUCCGGCAUGGUCUUAUAGCCCAUGUAAACGAUUAUGGUCUGCUCGAAUCCCUUUUGACAUAUCAGUUGACGUUUCGAAUCAGAUUCAGUCGGCAUCUACUCUCCGAGUGCAAAAACAUGCCGAGCGGCUACAAGAGAUGGCACUAGCUGAAGAUCCCACAAUUUUCGAUUAUGAUGCCAGCUACGACCAAAUACAAGCACUUCGCGAUGAAAAAAUAGCAGAAAGAAAAAAGGCUGACAAGGAAAGGAAAUCCAAAUAUGCUUUGGAUAUCAUCAAAGCCCAUAAAAGACGUGAAUUAGAGCAGCAAAGCCGUGAAGAGCGGCAGCAGCAAAAGGAAAGAGUAGAAGAAGGUGGCCAGUUUGCUGACAAAGAGGUGUUUGUAACGGGAGCCUACAGGAAACAGAUGGAGGAGGUGCAAAAAUUCCGAGAGGAAGAGGAGUACGAGAAGAGAUUCAAUGAGCUCACAUCGGUGGAACAUCAGAAAGCUUGGCAAGCUGGUUUUGGACGUACUCUUUUGAACGAACUCGCCAGAGGGGAGGAGAGCAUGAUGCAAAAAGGCGAAUUACAUGGCCAGGAUGGUAGUGCUUCAGCGAUAGUCACAACCAAGAAGAAAGCACGUAAUAUUCGUCAAAGAAGAGGCAGUUCACAGUCGAGCGACGAAGAAGAAGCAGCUACUUCUGUUGUUGAAAAAACUACUGUUACUGUCAGAGAAAAAACUGUGAAGGAAAAGAAAUCGAUCUACUCUGACGAUGAGGAUGACACGCAACCCAAAUUCGAGCCACCAAAGAAGAAUUUCCCUGGCGAACUGAAGCCGGGAUUGAAUAGGGUUGUCAAAGCUCAAACGAAAUCGGAGAAACUCAGGGAGCGGCAGUUCACUCCGACUCCUCCUUCGUCAGAUGAUGAGGGCCAUGAUCCUAGAAAGAGAGGCAGGGACGGUGAUCGACAUCGAGGUGAACACAGAAGUAACCGAACUCGAGAAAAUGGCGAUAGCAAGGAAAAGAAGGAGAAAGAAUCUUUGAAGAAGAAACUGGAACCCAAGAAAGACGACAAAGUGCAACGUUUGAUUCGGUUGAAAGAAAUAUUGAAACAGAGGAAUGGACCUGAGCAGAUUGAGGAGUUCAGGAGGCGGUACUUGGAAAGAAGAGAGAACGGCGUUGUUGUACCUCCCCUUUGA